UCGUAUGUUUGUCACUAAUAUUAUUACUAUACUAUUACUAAUAUUAACUUGAUGUAAGCUAUCUAGUUAAAUACUCGUACCUGGCUGUCUUGGUUUUAUACAUAUACUAAUGAUAUGGUUAAUGUGCUUUUAAAAGACAUCUUAAAUGCCACAGUGUUUGUAAGAAGGCAUCCAACAGGUUUGUUAGGCCAAAUAUAGCCGUUAUCAGACACCGCAGCAUGAGUGUGCAGUUCACCAGCGUGAGCACUGAGCGUAUCAACACAUGUGAAGUGUAACUGAAUGUGUCAGGGAAUGACAGAUUAAGCCACAAAACCACCAACUGCAAGAAGACCAUUGAGAAAAGGAGCUAUUUCUCAGAGUGACCUCAGCUCACCCACUCCCCUGUUUAUCAAACACGCUCAGUAUCAUCAUGGUCGGAAGACGGAAGUAAAAAAUGAAAAAAAGAAGAUGGGGAUGAGGAGGCUGAGCGUCUGGUAAAGUGAAGAGAGCAACGGGAAGACUCUCGAGAUGGACGAGAGAAACAGAGCAAUGAUCGUGUUUUUUCUACUUUGUGUCAUUGCAGAGAUGCCAACAGAAGGCCAGAACCUAGAUGUGUGUGCCACCUGCCAUGCAAAUGCCACGUGUGACAACAAGUCAGAUGGCUCUGGCAAAGUUUGUAACUGCAAGUAUGGGUUUGUCGGAAAUGGGAGAACCUAUUGUCAAGAUAAGGAUGAGUGUCAAAUAGGAGCAACUAAGAUCUGUGGGCAACACACCACCUGCCAUAACACUUACGGCAGCUACUACUGUACCUGCCUGGCUGGCUACAGCCCUUCUAACAACAUGACCACCUUUAUCCCAAAUGAUGGAACCCACUGCCAGGACGUUGAUGAAUGCAGGAUCACAGGCCUUUGUGGAGAGGGAGGUCUAUGCAAGAAUCUUGGCGGCAGUUUUGAGUGCAGCUGCCAGCUGGGAUAUGAAGUCCACAAUGGAGUGGAGCCCUUCAACCCUCAAAGAGACAAGGCUUCCUGCAAAGUGGUUGACUGCGGCCAGCCACCCUCAGUGGAGGACACAGUGUUGCUGUCAGUCACAGGGACCACAUACGACAGUGUGGCCAUGUUUGUCUGUGAUGAAGGCUUUGUGUGGAGGAGUGGAGACAACAGCUCUGUGUGUGGAGCUAAUGGACUGUGGAGAGGACUCACUGUGGUCUGUGAAGAGGUUGACUGUGGCUCUCCCCCGACCCUCCCUCACUCUCAUAUGCUGUGGAAUAAGAGCACGAGGAUGGGCUCCAAGGUGCUUUAUCAGUGUAACUCUGGAUAUCAUAAUGUUGGAAAGGGCAAUGUAUCCAUCUGUAAUGCUGGUGGACAGUGGGAGAGACCGCCUGUGCUCUGUCAAGAGACUUUGUGUGGAAGUCCUCCUAUAAUUGAAUCCACUGAGCAGGUGUGGGACAGUGAUCCAACCCCUGGCAGCACUGUGCUCUAUGUUUGUAAAAAAGGCUUUUAUAACAAAGGAGGACAUAACGUAUCGAUCUGUAAUGCAAACGGUCAGUGGACUCCCCCAACUCUGUCAUGCCAAGAGAUAUUAUGUGGGGAUCCUCCUCUACUGCCUCACACUGGGCAAGUGUGGAAUGGCAGCUUCACCCCUGGAAGCACAGUGACUUACUAUUGUAAAUUAGGAUUUGAUCACAAUAGAGGAAAUAAUAUGUCACUGUGCACAAUAAAUGGUUACUGGACAAAACCAAACAUCUCAUGCAAAGGUAACAACUUGCUCCAAAAUGUUAUUAAAGCUGUAGUUGGCAUUGUUGUUGUCCUGUUUCAAAUAAUAGAUGUUGUCACUCAAUUGAAUAUUGUUAUUUCCAUCCUUGUAGAGGUUGACUGUGGUGUGCCCCCACCCAUCCCUCAUUCAGUCAUGCUGUGGGAUAAAAUCUCCACUGUGGGCUCUCAGGUUGUUUAUCAGUGUAAGUCUGGAUAUGGCAGUGUUGGAGGGAGAAAUGUAUCAGUCUGUAUUGCCAGUGGAGAAUGGGAUGGAGCCUCUCUGCUCUGUCAAGAAAUCAAUUGUCAAGAGCCUGUUUUUAAACCUCAUGCUAAAAUGCUUUGGGAUGGCACAUCACACAUUGGCAGUUUGGUGUAUUACCAGUGCGAGGAAGGAUAUUACACCAAGAGCCUGAGAAACUACUCAAGUUGUGGAGAGAAUGGACUGUGGGAGGAUAUUGAUCUAUGGUGUGAAGAAAUAAGCUGUGGCCCCCCACUAACCCUCCCCCAUACUAACCUCCUGUGGGAUGGCACCAGUAGACUGGGAAGCGUGGUGCUGUAUGAGUGCAUGGAUGGAUUUUAUCAGGAGAGUGGAAAUAAUAUUUCAACAUGUUUACAAUCAGGACAGUGGGGUGAAGUAUCAGUAAAGUGUAAAGCCAAAUGUGGCCCUGUUCCCUUCCUUGCCAAAUCAGAGGUGGCAUGGCAUAACAGGAGUGUUGUGAUCCACCGCUGUGUGGAUGGAUAUCACAGCUGGAGAGGCAGCAAUGUCUCUGUGUGUGGCAGCUCUGGAGUGUGGCAGAGAGCUACACUGAGAUGCAUAGAAAAAAAGCCACCUAUCAAUCACCUAUUUGUUGUCAAUGAAAGAUGUCUGCACUGGAGGGCAGAGAAGUAUGAGGAGGAUACAGAACAAUACAAGGUGACAUACAUAGGAUCCAGAGACUAUCAGAGGUCUUUUUAUGAUGACAGGAAACAGUUUCUGAGCUCUAAAGCUGAUCAGCUGGAACUCUGUCUUAACCUGCUUCCAGUCACAAACUACAGCAUCUCCAUCACUGCAGUGUCUGCCAGAUUCACGGCCACUACCACCAUGAGCACCAGUUUACCAGUGCCUCCAGCACCGGUUGUCUACUAUAGAGAAUUUGAGACUCCUGUACCAACUUUGAGGCUACGCAGAUCACCCAGUACACUGGACCCAAUAAGUUUGUACCAGGUGUUUGUGCUUCCUGUAGAGGGGAUUCUGGUGUUUGACUGUUCCUCCUCUGCAAGUUCAGAACCCUCAAGUGAAGUAAAGUCCACAACCAAGUAUAUCACUGCUCAGAUUGAUUUGAGACAUGUCAGGUCAGAGAUGAACUUUACUGUGGGGGAUGGACUUUACUAUGGAGGCUUCUUUAAUGCACCACUGGAGAAUGGCAGGAACUAUUAUAUCAUCUUACGAGUUGUCAGUCAGUGGAAAUUGGCUUUAAAACAUUCUUGUGUCCUGUGGGCUAAAGUAAGAGGUACAUCAUAUGUUCUGAGGGUUUCAUCUCUGUCUACUGUUGCAUUAAUAGGACUGGUUGUCCUGGUCAUUUCUGGUGGAUACAGUUUCUCCUGGUGCACUGCUGCUACUACUGCUGCUGGCCCUCGGUUCAGUAUGGCCCAGAACCAGGUGAUUCUGCAGUUCCGCUUCGCCACAUUUGGGGACUCCAUGUUGCAAAAGAUGAACCUCUUGCGACACCAGAGACGUUUCUGUGAUGUCACCGUGCGCAUCAAUCAGCUGGAGGUCCCCGGUCACAAGGUAGUGUUUGCUGCCGGCUCCUCAUUCUUGAGGGACCAGUUCAUCCUUCAGCAGGACUCCAGGGAGGUCCAGAUCUCCAUGAUCCAGGAGGCGGAGGUGGGCCGGCAGCUGCUGCUGUCCUGCUACACAGGUCAGCUGGAGUUUCCUGAGCUGGAGUUGGUGCAUUACCUGACUGUGGCCAGCUUCCUCCAAAUGGGCCACAUUGUGGAGCAGUGCACUCAAGCUCUCAAUAAGUUCAUCAAACCUCAGUCUGCAAGGCAGCUGGAAGUGGAUGUGGGUAUGAGGAGAGAGAAGAAGGAAGACGGUUUGUCCUCCCAGGCCCAGAGAGAGCAAGAGCGCUCUCAGGUUCGGACUGUUCAUCAGGAGGAGGAGGAGGAGGAGGAGGAGGUGGGGCAGGUUGGAGACGGCAACAGUGGUGACGAUGGUGAUGAUGAUGAUGAUGAUGACGACGAUGAUGUGAUCAUACAGCCAAUGUCCCCUCUCCAGAUCUUAAGCAGACGUCCAAAGCAGGGUAUGGUGGAAAGUGACAUCACUAUAGUAAAAGUUGAGUCUGUGUCUGACAUAGCAGAAAACUCCAUCACUGGUCACUUCCCCAACAGCCCACCUGCUGCCCUCCACUCUCCUGAGCCCCAGCACUCCCUCAUCAACUCCACUGUGGACAGUCGUGGCAGUGAGAUGGCGGUUCCACCUGGUGUGGCCGGAUACCCGCUCAGCCCCCCUCCUCAGUCCCCUCCUGCAGAGAAACACAACGUGCACCAGAGGAACUACGACAAACCUCUCCAGUGGUACCACCAGUGCCCCAAGUGUGCCCGGGUCUUCCGCCAGCUGGAGAACUACGCCAACCACCUCAAGAUGCACAAGCUGUUUAUGUGCCUGCUGUGUGGCAAGACCUUCACGCAGAAGGGCAACCUGCACCGACACAUGCGUGUCCACGCUGGCAUCAAGCCCUUUCAGUGUAAAAUCUGUGGUAAGACCUUCACCCAAAAGUGUUCUUUGCUGGAUCACCUAAACCUGCACAGCGGGGACAAGCCACACCGCUGCAACUACUGUGACAUGGUUUUUGCUCACAAGCCAGUUCUCCGUAAGCACCUCAAACAGAUCCACGGGAAGAACAGCUUUGACAACGCAAACGAACGCAACCUGCAUGAGGGAGGGCUUGACUUUGAUAUGAAAUCUGUGGACCUUUUUUAGUCGCUUUUAGCUGUUGAAGACACUGACACGGAUUAUACAAAGCUGGAGCGAGUGAUUCCUUGGAGAAGCCAACAGUUGCAUUAUCAAAGAUGGGCAGAUGAAUGAACAUAAUGGCUGGUUUCCAUACGUGUCAGCCUCUUCCUGAAGGGUUUAACUAGAAGACUUAAUAUAAGAGAAGAUUCCCUGGUCUACAUUUCACUGUAGCUUCAUUAAUGUGGACUGUUUUUAUUUUUUUUGUCUACAGUACUUUGUAGAUGCCUUCAUAUCAUACUUGAAACUUCAGCACUGAAACGAAAAACAUAUUGACUGUACUUCAUUAGUUUUAUUGAUGAAUUGACAUGUCUUUGUAUCUGUGUUAUUCAUUUUUUUUUUUUUUUAAAUUGCAAAUGAAAAAUAUCCAUAUGUAUAUUGUGUAUACAGUCUACUGUAGCCUUUCUUUCCUGUGUGGAUAUGACAACAUGGACUUCAUAACUAAAAAGAAACUUGAAAGAGGUUGGGUAGAAAAAAAUAUUUUAUUGAAGGCAAGCUAUGCCAGUAACAAAUGGGAUGCCAAAGUGUCUAUGUGAACUGAAAUGGUUCUUUUAUACAGACUUUAUAUCUGACGUACUAUCGGACCAAAGUGACAUUGUAUCUGUCCUGUGUUCAUAGAAGUCAAUGUGUGUUAUGAAAUUAAAAACUGACUCUUAAUCAGUA